CGGGCGUUAACAUGGUGGACGGUAGUGAAUACGACGAAUAGCGCUCCGACAAGUGGAUAUAAUCACAAAUUCGUACUACUUGAGACGAAAACCUCUAAGUUUUAAAAUGUCAUUUAAAAGAGUUGGCGAUGACCCCACUGCAUUAAGAGUACAAAAGGUGCGUAGACUCGUGAAAACGUUUUUCUUUAGUAAUCAAAUCCCUCUCGACACUAAUCUUUAAUUUGGGCCUAGUGAACAGUUUGCCAGGCCGAAACAUAGGCGAUAAUACGAAAAUUUCCAUUGAUUGUGAAUUGCAUGCUCUUACUCUGUCUUAGAGACAGCGAGUAUCCGAACUUUUGUUGGAAGAAAUUCCCGAAGACGAAGCCACACUCACGAAAAAUGGCAGGUAACAAUUAUCUUUUAACUUCCACUUGAUAAGCUUAGCUCUUGAGAAAACAUCUUCCUCAGUCCAACGGCUGAACUCAAAAUUUACCAUCUACGUAUAGCUGUACAUCUUCCUCGAUCUUUCUCGACCCACGACGUCGAGCUUUCGAAAUUCCUGAUCCCAGCGAGCAGGGCAUGCAGAACACUUGUAUGCAUUGAUACAAGUAUUAUUAGUCUGUUGGAAAUCUAUUUUAGACUCGUUUUGCUCUUUCUAGGUUUGCCUGUCUCGUUUGUAAACACUGCCCAGUUUUUGACACUGUUGCUGUACUGAAAAUUCACAGGCAAGGGAAGAAACAUUUCUCAUGUAAGUGUAAAAAUCAAAUCAAAUCAAAUUAAAUAGCAUGAGAUGAUAAAGAAUUUCAUGUUAACCAGAAUUUUUUUAGUUUAGUUUUGUUUAUAAUUUUUGUUUGUUUUUUCCCUUCAUUUGUUUGUUUGCUUUGUGUAUAACUGUGGUGUAUGUUCCACAAUCACAAAAAGUCUGUUGAUAAGGGGAGUUUAUUUAUAAUCAUCCUGAAUUUUACAUGUUUUUCAGGCAAACGUCUUUUUUCUCUUUCCUAAAGCUGUCAUUUUGUACUUUAUCUACCAAUCGCAGAUUAGUAACCUGUAAAUUUCUAAAGAAACUUAAGUGCUACAUCAGUGGGCGAGUAUAAAUUAGAACGUUUGGUGUUAUCAACUGAGUUGGUAAUGUAAAUUGGCCACUGUAAAGAGCUUCAAAGCUGAUGUUUUGAGUGUUAGCCUAUCUUCAGAGCAGAUGGUUGAAUUGUGGGUUGUGUGUGUGUGUUUAUAUGCAGAAAAUGGAGCUACUUUCUUGUAUUAUCCUAUUUUGUAUUUCUAAAAGAUUUAUUCAACUCCACAACAAUUAAUUUUGCUUCACUUCCCUUUAACUUCCAGAUGCCAAAAUAAGACUUGAGAAACUGAUAGAAGAUGCUGAAAUACGGCAAAAGAGAGAACACAUAAGAUACAUGGAGAAGGUUAUGGAUGAUGCCAAUGAAGAUGAAUCACCAUUGCUGAAGAUUACACAACAAAAAAAGGAGUUGGCCCUUCAAGGCUCAAAAAGCUCAAUAAAACAUGAAAGCAAAGAAAGGACAUCAAAACAGCUGCCUUUCUUUCAGCGCAGAAAGCCCAUUGACCUGGACAUCUGUAAUGACAAACCAGGUUAUAAACAUGUGCAGAGGACCGAAUCAAGCAAAAACUUGUCAAAUUCAGUGAAGGACUCGGAAAGCAAUCAUUUUGAGAAAACUGAACAAUCCAUGAAGCCAUCAAUUGAUACACCUGGCCCAAAAAGUCAGAAAAAGAUACCGUUAAGUCCUGGUGAGCUGGCUAGGAGGAAACACUUUUCUCGCCUCCGACAGGCUGGGUGGAUCAUGGGCUUGGAUGGGAAGUGGCAGAAAGAUGAAAAUGCAGAGUUUGAUUCUGAUGAAGACGAGCCACCCCCACCCCCACCAUCAUCAUAUGAUUUAACAUCCACAUAGUAGUAAAGAAAUUGUCAAGCUUGGAUAUAUCCCUCCCCCUGAAAAAAUGGAAAAUAUUAAGAUCUUGGUAGAUACAAUAUGGUGCUAGAGAACAUAUAAAGCUAGUGAGAACUCUAAUUGAAAGGUCUGAGGCUGUUAUUAAAAGACCAGAUGCACCAUUGUAAUUUUACACAUAUACAUUUUGUACACUUAAGUAGUAUUACAACACAGUUUACUAGUUCAUACAGGAGUCGAUAAAGAGAAAUGAAGCUCUGUAUUUAUAUUUUGUGCAUUACCUCCUUUCUCAGAGUUUGCCAGCUACCAGCGUCAGUUUACCAUGAAAGAAGAAAGAAAAUUUAAUAUUUCAUGCAUUAGGCCUUUCUCAGAGUUUUCCAUAUCUGUCUACCAGGGUAUUUGCUGCAGUGUUUUAAUUGGGCACCAUAUGCAGG